GAGAGGGUGAAGCAAAACCAAGUGCAGCUAGCUAGCUUACCGCCGGAGCUUCUCGGUUCGAGUUCAUCGAGAUACCGCUACCAUACAUCGGUGCGCGUUUGGUUGUCGUAAUUCGCAUAGGCCUAACUAGUCUGCAACCCGACCGUCGCGAUCCGACGGUAAAGUUUAGUUUGUCGCAGCUAGCUAAGCUACGGUACCUACAAUUACAUAGUUUAAAUGGGUGACCUCGGGUUGCCUUAACUGUAAUGAGAAGAAGAUAUUCUUGUCAAGCCUGCGCCUGUCGAUUAUCCUGCAAUCCUGCAUUGUCAUUGACUGAGCUAAGACUUAAAGACUUGAGGCUGAACUUUGGGGUGAUGCUGAAUUCAAGACAGGAUAGAUAGUGAGCUACACGUAGGAACUGUCAACACAGGGACAAUGGAUAUGAAAAAGGUUAAGACUUGCAAGAUCUCAAGUACAACAUUAAGUAGACUCUCUCUGAUAACUUUAGUUUUUCUACAAAUAUGCAUGAAAAUUCUUGCUGCAUCUCCAUCAUCUGCUCCAAAGUCAAGCCGUUGUAUAUUUGAUGAAGUUCAAAAGCAUCAGAACAUUGAGACAACUCUUCUAAACUACUUUAGGGUUCCUGUUGGUGUAAGUGCAAAAUCAAAAAGGUCAUUGGAAGGAGAUAUCUACCAGCCUAUCAGAGUGAAGACUUUUGUUCAGAAUGUGGAACAUCUUAAAGACUCAGUGCAGGUCGAGAAGCUUGAGACCAUCAUGGCUGGUGCAACAUCUGUUAUUCAAAAACUGCUGUCAGUUUUUCCUGUUGAAGGCCCAAUGGUAAUUGAUCGAUCUGAAACAGCUUGUAGAACUACAUAUAAUGGUGGACAGAAUGAUGGAAAGUGUGCAGAAAUUUCACCAAAUUAUAGAGAGCAGUGUCUAGAUAAUUUUGAGAUUCCUGCUGAUCAUCUAGGUGGUCUGUGGACAUGGGACGCUGUUAACCCAGAGCCUUCAGUCACCCAUUAUGAGGAAGGAUCCGGUAUUCCUAAUACUGAUAUCGUGAUCUAUGUUAAGGCUGAACAUACUGAGCGUUGUGAUUCAGGGGAUGUGUUUGCGUAUGCCUCCUACUGCAAGCAGGAUCAGUUUCAAAGACCUAUUGCUGGAGUGAUCAAUUUUUGUCCCAACCCUCUACUGAGUGGAGAAUAUGAUCAAGACAAAUUUACCCUGCUUGCCUUGCAUGAGGCAUUUCAUGUCCUUGGAUUUUCUACAAGUCUUUUUGACCAGUUUCAAGAAUGCAGUGUAUUUGAAGGUGAACUACAGUGUGAGACCAGGGAUGAUGUAGUGAGAGUAGAUGCCAUGGGACAGUCAAGACUUCACACCCCAGCAGUUGUGGCUGCAUCUCAGGCUCAUUUUGGAUGCUUCGAAGAGGAAGAAAGAGGUGUUCCUCUUGAAAAUUUGGGUGGAGAAGGUCUCUCAUCUCACUGGGAAACAAGAUACAUGUAUGGAUCGGUUAUGGCUCCUGCAAUCCUACAGGCACACUCAACCUUCCUUGAUAAUAUGACCCUGGCUGUGUUUGAGGAUUCUGGUUGGUACAGAGUUAAUUAUGAAUAUGCUGGGGACUUUCUCUGGGGUAAAGGCCAAGGAUGUGAGUUUGGAACGGUUGAGCACUGCUCUACAAACUUCACCCAGUUCUUCUGUAAUAAUAGUGUCUCAGGCUGUGACUACCUAGGGCUAAACAAGGCUACAUGUACCACAAAUACCUAUCUAGAUGGAUGUAAGAUUUAUUGGCCAGAAACUGAGAAUCAGUGUGUGUUUUCUUCCGUUGAUGGGAGUUUAAAUAGGACGGGUGAAGUAACUGGACCUGAGAGCAAAUGUUUCUUGUCAAAUUCAUUUUUGGUGGGAUCAUGUACCCCGGGAGAUCUAGAAGGCAGAUGUUAUGCAACAAGAUGUGGAAAUUCCUCCGAGACAUAUGAAAUCCGUCUCUUAGACUCAGAUUGGAUUCCAUGCCCUGCAGAGACAAGUAUUCAGGUACCUGGUUAUGAAGGCGAGGUUCAAUGUCCUUCUGUGGAAGUUGUAUGUAAGAACCAUUCCUCUCUCAUAAGUCUGGUCGACCCACCCUGUCUGACCUGUUCUACGACUACUACUUCUGCUUCUACUACAUCAACAACUCAAACUACCCGAGGUGAAGUUCAUGAUGAAGUGAAUUUCUCAUUAGAGUUCAAUGACCUUUCUUACUCGGAGGUCAAUGAAGGGUCAGAGGUCAUUGCCUUCAAAGCAGUUUUGAUUGAGUGUAUUGCAGAUGCUGUUCUGCUUCCUCAGAAUCAUAUUGAAAUUCUGGACAUUAUUGCAGGAAGUGUGAAAGUCUAUGUCAGCAUUAAGCCUGAACAUGGGGACUCCCAAGUAUCUCCGGAGGAUGCAUACAGCAGUCUCUCUGAUUUGGUGAUAUCAGGACAAUUCAGUAUUCAGUAUAAUGACAACAGUUAUACUGCUUCUGCUAUCAAGCUAAUAUCUGUCAGCACCCAGACCCCUACCCAAUCUUCAACCGCUGUGGCCCCUCCAUCACGCAAAUCGCCUAUCUCACCCCUCACCAUCGUCAUGCUAUCCAUCUUGGGGGCGCUAUUCGUGACCACCUUCCUUUCUGUCUGUUUGUGGAAGAACAAGAAGACAUCCACGACAAUAGCCCCCACCCCGAGGCCGACAGCCAGGGAGGGGGCAUUACCAGGGGAAGCCUACAUGGUCAGAAAGGGAGAGCGCCGAUCAAGGAGUGAUAACACACCAUCGAGAUGAUAUGCUUUCAUUGUGAUUUCUCCUUGGGAUGGUUUUCUACCUCUGUCUUUAUGUAGAGUACAAUGGCUACUACAGGUGGUGUGCUUUGUCAUCUUGAAUAUAUCUUUAUUUUUCUACCUUCCUAUUUAGAUUGAUUAGAAGAUGGUCAUAAAUAAUAUUUUCAUCCCAAGGCUGACACCUAUGGGGAGAGGGCAUUACCAGAACUGGCAUUGUAUAUUUGUAAGAGGAGAUUGCUUAUUAAAGAAAAAGUAUUUUUAUUAAAGUAUUGAAUAGAGUAUAAGUGAGAGUGGGAAAUAAACCAGAGAUAUGCAACCAAGUUGUGCAAUAUAUCUACAUUUGCAUGUUUUUUGUAUGAAAUUUUUAAUUUAUCUCAUGGAUAUUCUGUAAUAAGUAGCAAAUUACAUCUUAGUAAUGCAUCCCUUUUAAAAAAAAACUAAACUUGCAUCAGUAUUACAAUAUGUUUAGGCACUAUCCUGGUUUAAGUCACCACUCCAUUCACUGCCAUUUAUUUUGUCAGCGGCGGUGACUUCUUUCCUCUCCAUUGACUUUGUACACAACAACCGCACACACACACACA